AUGUCCUCCUCUUACCACCUCCCCACCUCGACCCCUGCGCCGGGGACCGCAAAGCCCUGGGAACCGUUCACGCAGCCUCGAUUCUGUGCUGUUGCGGGAAGGCGACUUCCAACCGCUGCUCGAAAUGCGCCAAAACUCUACACGACAUCUUCUUCUGCUCAUCGGAACACCAGCAGCUCGCUCUCGAAGAGAGAGGCAGACGAAGCUUCGGCGCACUUCAAUUAUGAGGACCCCAGCUGGGCGGGCAAUCGGAGGAGCAUUGCGAAGUGGCUGCAGCAGAUGCUAAGGCAUCGGGUCACGCCUGAAAUCUUGCAAGACUGGACUGAAGGGCAGAAGCAUCCCGAGGACCUUGCCCUGUCGCAAGAUGUGCUGGGCGUCGUACGCGAGAACGAGUUUGACCGCAAGACCGCCAGUACAAACCUUGACAACGCCUAUCUUGAUUGCGAUGCCUUCACCGCCGUGCAUUAUAUCCGGUCGACCGCGUCACCGUCGGUCCCCUCGCCCGAACUUUGGCACGAAGGCUGGCUUCACCGCCUGGCAAUCCUGGUCGCCCUCAUCCAGAAAUACAAGGCGGGCGAUCCGGCAGCCUCGCUCAGCAUCUGCUGCGCGUCUUACCAGCAGAUGGAGCGCUUCCUCCUUACAGCCAAGCCAAUGACCGGCAAGCCUUAUUCACCCGUGACCCGACAUCCUCCUCUCGCGCCUGCACCGUGUAGUCGAUCCCAGCACGAUGCGCCUUACUAG